CAUUAAAUAUGCAUUGUUUUUUGUGAAUAACAAUUUUCCAUAACUUUAAGCCAAUAGAAAUUCAAUAAACACUAUUAAUUUUUUUGAAACUUACAAUUUUUCAUAAAAUCAUACAUUGAAAAAGUAAAAAAUUUAUCUUUUUAAAACAAAUUUUUUUUCCAGAACAUACAUCUUUUAGGAACGGAUGGAGUAUUAUUUAUCUUCCUUUAUUAAUCAGUACAUGAAAACCUAAUUAUCUACACGUAUUAGUGAACUCCUCUAUGUUACCAAACCAAUUGUAAAACUUUGUGCUGUCGCCUGUCGGAUUUAAGACGCAAGAGAUUAAGAUUGAGACGCCACUUGUUAGACAAGCACAUGGCCAUUUCAAUCUUUGCCAGAUAAUAUUCUUCUGACUUCAAUUUUCUAGUAUUUGUUUAUGUACAUUUUAAUGUGUAGUUUUCUUUAUUUCCAAUGUGUAUACUUGAAAUUUGCGCCAAAAAUCAAUUAUUGUCCUCAAGAAUUUUGUGUACCAAAUAUUAGCUUGAUUUUUUCCACCUUCAUAAAUUACAUAAAGUUCGUGCGAGUUCGUAUUACCGACUAGUUUAAUUCAUACGGAAACUUAUAUGUGUAUAUAUUUUCAAAAAAAAAUGACAGACAUUCAAAUUACACGAAAAAGAACAAAACCAAAAAGCUUCAAACAAAUUUCUAAGUUUAUAUAAAUAAUCAUGAUUUAAAACUAGGUCAACCCACAUGAUCCCCAAUUAUUUUAAACAACUCCGUACAAUCUCAUCUAAAAUAAAGUUUAAAUUGUUAUGAAUGGGUUUAUAAGACAUGGAAUUGUUGCCCUUUGAUUGGGAAGACAAAAAAAUUAAAGGCUACAUGGUGGAGACUAUACUUUAUAAUCAAGUUACGUAGUAAAAUAAUUAGAACCUAAUCAUGAAUCUCCACAUGCAGAAAGGUCAACUAUCACACACUAGCGCACUUGCACACACCAAGAAAGCCCCAUGGAACUAGCGAGUCACGUUCGUAGAUUCACAUUACAUUUGCUUUGCCUCCACACUUUAAUAUAAAAUGACAACAACAGAACAUAACACAAACCCCAAAAGUGUCUUUAGUAAGAACUCAGAGACCGAACUAAAAGGAGUUUUGCUUUAACCCAUUUUUAGCAUUAUGGAUUCGGUGCAAUCCUUCAAAGGAUAUGGAAAAGUAGACGAAGCUCAAGAUCUAGCAUUAAAGAAAAACACAAGAACACGUCUAAUCCUACUAUCCAUCUCCGGCCUAAUCCUCCUCGCCGUAAUAAUUUCCGCCGUAGUCGCCGCCGUGGUUCACACGAAGAACAAGAACUCCUCCGAGUCAACACCGAGUCCACCCCCCGAGUUAACACCAUCCACCUCCCUUAAAACAAUCUGCAGCGUGACUCGUUACCCUGAGUCUUGCUUCUACAGCAUCUCGAAGCUUCCGGCUUCCAACACGACGGAUCCAGCGAUCCUCUUCAAGCUCUCGCUAAAACUCAUCAUCGACGAGCUCGACGGGAUAUCCGAUUUACCGGAGAAGCUGGCCAAGGAGACGGAGGACGUGAGGAUCAAAUCCGCGUUAAGGGUAUGCGGGGAGAUGAUCGAGGACGCGUUGGACCGGCUAAACGACACCGUUUCGGUCAUGGACGACGACGGGAGCAAUAAGAAGACUCUAAACUCUUCGACCGUCGACGAUCUCAAGACUUGGCUGAGCGCGACGGUGACGGACCACGAGACGUGUUUCGACUCGCUAGACGAGCUGGCUCAGAACAAGACGGAGUACGCGAACUCGAACAUCACUCAGAGCCUCAAGUCCGCGAUGAGUCGGUCCACCGAGUUCACGAGCAACAGCCUCGCCAUCGUGGCCAAGAUCCUCGCCGCGUUGAGCGACUUCGGAGUUCCGAUACACCGGAGGAGACGGCUUUUGGUGAGCCAGCAGCAGACGCCUGAGUGGGCGAGGCGGAGGCUGUUGCAGACGGCGGGGUUGAAGCCGGAUGUGACGGUGGCGGGUGAUGGAACGGGGGAUGUGAAGACGGUGAAUGAAGCGGUGGCGAGAGUGCCGAAGAAGAGCUUGAAGGUGUUUGUGAUAUACGUGAAAGGUGGAACGUACGUUGAGAAUGUGGUGAUGGAUAAGGGUAAGUGGAAUGUUAUGAUCUACGGCGACGGGAAGACGAAGACUAUUAUCUCCGGCAGUAAGAACUUCGUGGACGGGACUCCGACUUAUGAAACGGCCACGUUUGCUAUACAAGGCAAAGGAUUCAUAAUGAAAGACAUCGGAAUCAUAAACACCGCCGGAGCAGUGAAACAUCAAGCGGUGGCGUUCCGAUCAGGCUCCGACUUCUCCGUCUACUACCAAUGCUCCUUCGACGGUUUCCAAGACACUCUUUACCCUCACUCCAACCGCCAGUUCUACCGCGACUGCGACGUCACCGGAACAAUCGACUUCAUCUUCGGAAGCGCCGCCGUCGUGUUCCAAGGCUGCAAAAUCAUGCCGCGCGAGCCUCUUCCGAGACAGUUCAACACCAUAACAGCUCAGGGCAAGAAAGAUCCGAACCAAAACUCCGGUAUGUCGAUCCAGCGAUGCAGUAUCUCCGGCAACGGCAAGGUGACUGCUCCGACGUAUUUAGGCCGGCCGUGGAAGGCGUUUUCCACGACGGUGAUCAUGGAGACGGAGAUUGGAGCGGUGGUAAGAGCUUCAGGGUGGAUGUCGUGGGUUUCGGGAGUUGACCCGCCGGCGAGUAUAGUGUACGGAGAGUAUAGGAAUACUGGGCCUGGGGCGGAUGUGAGCAAGCGAGUUAAAUGGGCCGGGUAUAAACCGGUUAUGUCUGAUGCCGAGGCUGGGCGGUUUACGGUUGGUACCAUGUUACAUGGUGGUGGUUGGAUACAAUCGGCUGGAGUGGCGCACCAGCUAUCUUAAUUUAGUUACAUAAUAAUACAGUGCUUGAGUUUAUAGUCUUUUGAAAAAAAAAACAUUCGAUUUCGAUCUACUUUUUGUUUAUUUGACAGGGUUGUACUUAGUAUUCUGGUGUUCUACUUGGUGUAAUAGUAUUAGGGGUUCGUCUAUUAGAUAAUUGUUGGCUUUUAGAUCAAUAAUUAUACAAUUAUAUUUUUUAUAAAUUUUAAUAUUUUAAAGUA